AUGCUCGGCGACUUCAUCUUCAGAUCAGCGCACCCAGCAUAUCUCCUUACAUCAAGAUGUUGCCACGAUGCCAACGGACAAUAUACUUGCGGAUAUACCGACAGAUCAACUGGUACUCAAGCUUUCGCAAGAGCUUGCCGCUCGUGUGAGAAAUUGGAGAAAAGGGGGGAGACUGUGGAACAAUGGAAUUCCUCAUUGAAAGAAUAUCAGGCCAUUGGCUCCCCAGAAAAUCCUGUCGCCAACACCACCCAGCCAAGCGCCACAAGCUCUGCGUCCGAAGGAAGUGAAGCUAAGGAUGAGGGUUCUAUUGCAGGCGACUACAUCGAGAUUCCAUAUGGAUACCUCCUCGAUGGUGAGGCGCCCUCCAAAGACGCACGCUUGCUCGUUUCACCGCAGUACAGGGAUUGGGCAUUGCUGGCAUACCAGCUAAUGGUCGCUUUCCCUUCCGGAAUUUUUGGUCAUCAAGUCAUUUACAAGAUCUGA